AUGGCAUCAUAUGUAAUACUAACACCUACAAAUGAUGAUUCACUUCUCAUUAAUGAUCUGGUGCUUGCGUUAUUGCCAGGUGAAGAAAAGAUUUACUACAGUGCAUAUGAUGUUGUGUGUGAUGAUGAGGAGGAACGGAAUCAAUAUCCGGUGGAAUUUUUAAAUAGUAUCACACCCUCAGGUUUAUGUAAUGGCACUCGCCUUAUUGUAAGACGUCUUCAUGACAACUGUAUCGAUGCUGAAGUACUUACUGGGAAUGCUAUUGGUGAUCGAGUACUUAUUCCAAGGGUGCAACUUGCACCGUCGGAUACAGAGCAAGAGCAUUUAAAGAUGUUAAAGUUAGCAUUGUUCCCACCUUCGGAUGCAUUGAUGGGAAAUGUUAUACCCAAAAUGUGGUUUAUAGCCAAAUUCUGA